AUGUGGUUAGCGGAAGGUCGAGUACCGCGCUUACCGGUAUAUGUCCUGGUCGGGUCGAGACGCUAUGCGAAGUGGCAGAAUCUUGCGUACCAAGCUGCGGCGGACGAGAUUGACGACGUGCCCGAGGUGGUAGACCGACCAGGGCCUGCUGUAGAACGACCGUCGUACACCACGCCGACCAGGAUCCUGCCCAGACCGCCAGCGAUCUCGCCCGGAUCGAGGGCGGCCGCGCCCGAGUAG